CGGGAGCACCGAGGAAGCUCAACCUCUCAGGUGAAUUUGUCAACCAACCAUGAAGGCUGCAGCUCUCAUCCUUGCUCUGGCAGUCAUCACCGGCUGCAAUGCCCGUCCGGCGCAGCAGGCUGAUGCCAGCCUGAUCCGCUUGGAGGAAAGCGUGGAUCGCUUCUGGCAGUACAUCGCUGAGCUCAACCAGAAAGCUGAGCUCAGAGUCCCUCAGCUCAACCAGGAGCUGGAUACCCUGAUCACCAACGCCAUGGCAGAGCUGACGGCGUACAAAGAUGAUAUCCAGACCAAGCUGGCACCUCACGCUGUCGCCUCCACAAACCAGAUGUCUGAGGACCUGCAGCUUCUGGCCAGCAAACUGCAGACAGACAUGACUGACGCCAAGGUGCGCAGCAGCGAGUACCUGAACGAGCUGAAGAGCAUGGUGGAUCAGAAUUUGGAUGACGUCCGCAGCCGCAUCACCACCUACACCACCAAGCUGAGGAAGCGCCUGGCCAAAGACACGGAAGAGAUCCGAGAAACUGCUGCCACUUACCUGGGGGAGGUGCAGUCCCGCGCCACCCACAACCUGGGGACCGUGAAGGAAAACGUUGAGCCGUACGUCCAUCAGGCCAGUGAUGAUGCCAGCCAGAAGCUGAGAGACAUCUCCGUAAGGCUGGAGACCCAGGCUGAGAACUUCAAGACCCAGCUGGAGAGCACCUUGCAGGAGCUGAGCACGUCCAUGGACGGCAAGCUGGAGGAGCUCACGAAGGUGCUCUCUCCUUACGCCACCCAGUUCCGCGAGCAGUUCGAGACCAUCCUGGACAAAGUCAAGGAGACGGCCACUGCUUAAAGAAAGACUUUAAUGCUUUUUUUUAAGGAUGAUAAAAGCAAAAGAAAUGAGAAUCAGUUAUUUGUUUGUAUCAUAACAACAGCUGCUGUACUUUUUUUAGGCUUUAGCGUUCAGGAUACACGGGUGGGGGGUGUCCCUCGCCAACUUUCUUGAUCACUAAACAAGCAGCAGCGUGUGAUCUCAUACUCUUUAAAUUGCUUUGCUUUUUCUACUUUGAAUUAAACAAUCCCACGUUUUUACCCUAAAACAUUUUGUGUUUGACGUUUUCUACAUUCCGCUGCUGGGUUUGAAUGCAGCUGUGGUUUAGUCCAAUCCUUGCACUGAGCGAUGCUGCGAUCGUAUCCAACAACGCGUCCACGAGUUUCGCAAGUGAGACUGAACUGCUUCAGUCUCGUCUCAACAUUAGCGUUGUACUCCUGGGGCACGAACGGUGAAAGCCUGUGAGUGAAGAGUGCAACGCUCUUGUGUGUUCGCCGGAAGUGAUCUGAAGGUUUCAUGUGCUGUGCGCCCCCACCAUGCUGCUGUCUGCGAGUGAACACCGCCUGUUUCUGCGUUUGUGCUGAUCAGUGCUGCGUGAAUAAAGAAAAUUUAAAAAAGG